CACUCUUUACACCCAGAAAUUGAAAUCAGUUCGGUCCAGGCUUCACCAUGUCUGCAGUGAAAGUCAUGCUGUGGAUGGGUUUGUGUAUUUGUGUGAUUCUUACUGCUAAAGCUCAAGAUGUUAUAACCAUCAAAGAUCAAAAUGGUAACCCAAAACAGUCUCUCUCUCAGAUAGAAGUGCAAAGUACGCGAGUGGAGUGCAAGGUCGCGUCUCGUUUUGCUCACACAGUCAUGACUACCAAAGCCCUGAACAGAGCCAAUGCAUCGCAAGAAGUGCUUUUUGAGGUGGACUUACCGAAAACAGCCUUCAUUACCAGCUUUAGCAUAGAGAUUGAGGGCAGGAUAUAUGUCAGCGAGGUGAGGGAAAAAGAGCAGGCCAGGCAGCAGUAUGAGAGUGCUGUGUCAUCCGGCCAGACUGCCGGCCUGGUUAAGGCUUCGGGGAGGAACAUGGAGAAGUUUUCUGUGUCCGUGAACAUCGCUCCCCAGAGCCGCGUCACCUUCACUCUUACUUACGAGGAACUCCUGAAACGGCGUCUUGGCAGCUAUGAGAUCAUGAUAGGUGUCCAACCGAAACAGCUGGUUCAGAAUUUUGAGAUUGUGGUUGAUAUCUACGAACCUAAUGGAAUUGCAUUUGUGGACGUCAACAGUACUUUCAUCACCAACGAGCUGCUCCCUCUAGUGGAGAAAACUGUCACUGAUAAAAAGGCACACGUGUACUUCUCUCCUACACUGGAUCAGCAGAAGAAAUGCUCAGCCUGUGAGGAGACAUUGAUAGACGGGGAUUUAAUCAUCAAGUAUGAUGUGAACCACCCACAGGAUAUAGGAGAAAUUCAGAUAGUAAACGGCUACUUCGUGCACUUUUUUGCCCCAGAUGAUUUGCCACAAAUGCCUAAAAAUGUGGUAUUUGUGAUAGACCGAUGAAGCAGGCGAACUCGAGAAGCUCUGAUGACCAUAUUAAGUGAACUGUAUGAAGAUGACUACUUUGGGCUGGUCACAUUUGAUGACACUAUAGAGUCAUGGAAACCAUUUCUUAGCAAAGCUACACCAGAAAAUGUGACGGCAGCGAAAGAAUUUGUCCAGACUAUUGAAGCAAGACAUUUGACUGAUAUAAACAAAGGCCUUAUGUAUGCGGUGGAAAUGCUCGCCUCAGAAAAAAGUGACUUCUUCCCAGACAUGUCCAUGAUCAUUCUACUAACUGAUGGCCGACCAAGUGCUGGCGAGCAAGAUUUAUCCAAAAUCCAAGAAAACGUCCGUAGUGCUAUUAAUGGAAGCAUGAGUCUCUUUUGUUUGGGCUUUGGCUAUGAUGUGGACUACGGCCUUCUUGAUACGCUGGCCAAGCAGAAUGACGGACUCGCUCGAAGAGUCUAUGAGGCCUCGGAUGCUGUCCUUCAACUGCAGGGUUUUUAUGAUGAGGUGGCUACCCCACUUCUCUUAGAAGUGAAUCUCAACUAUCCUGGCAACGCUGUAACUGACUUGACACAAAGUCACUUUCGGCAAUUCUUCAAAGGCUCUGAGAUAGUGGUAGCCGGACGCCUACAAGAACUUGAGACUGACACCAUUCAGACUCAAGUAUCAGCACACGGGCUGGAAGACCAGUUUGUGAUCAGGGGUCUAGCGAUUACUGAAGAGUGGGACAGCGCGUUUCCUGAUCAGGAGUACGUCUUCGGGGACUUCACAGAGCGACUGUGGGCAUAUCUGACUAUCCAGCAGCUCUUGGAUAAAAGAGAGACAAGCUCCCCAGAGGACAAGGAGAACAUCACAGCUGAAGCUCUAGACCUUUCUCUAAGGUAUAACUUUGUCACUCCGCUUACCUCCAUGGUGGUCACCAAACCAGAGACUGAAGAUGAUGAAGAAGAAAUACUCCUUGCUGACAAGCUGACCGAAGAGCAGCGAGAGGAUAUAACAGAACCAGAUGUAAGUGCCCUCUACGUUCAACCUCAGUUGUCUGUCAGUCGUUGCCGUGGUCAAGGAUUAAAAGCAGAUGAACUAUCAUCUUCGUAUUUUGUUGAUGGAGAUCCACACUUCAUCAUUGAGCUGCCAGAUCAGAAUGACGCUCUGUGCUUCAACAUUGAUGAAAAACCUGGUACCAUCUUCAACCUGGUUAGAGACCCACUUACAGGCAUUGUAGUGAAUGGCCAGAUCAUUGGAGAUAAGAAGGUCAUUCCAGGGAGCAAGAUGCACACCUAUUUUGGGCGCUUUGGGAUUGUUCAUGAGAAGUUUGGUAUCAGAUUGAUGGUGAGCACAAAGGAGAUCUCAGUGUCUGAAGAUGGAAAACAAGUAGAUUUCUCCUGGACUAACAACAAGACUUUAAAUGGACUGAAUAUGGAUCUGCAGGUGAUCAAAGAUCGCAGUUUAACGGUGACCCUAAAGAACUCAGUCAAGUUUCUUAUUAUCCUGCACAAAAUCUGGGAGAAGCACCCGUACCAUCAAGACUACCUCGGGUUCUACACCUUGGACAGUCACCUCUUUUCAAACAAUGUCCAUGGCCUGCUUGGUCAGUUCUACCAUGGCGUGAAGUUCGAGGUCAGUGACUUGUUUCCAGGAAAGGACCCUGAUAAACAAGAUGCCAACAUGUUUGUGAAAGGACACAAGCUGACGGUUACCAGGGGCUGGAAGAGAGAUUUCAGACAGGAUGUGAAGAACGGAGAAAAUGUGCCCUGCUGGUUCAUUCACAAUAACGGCACGGGGCUCCUCGAUGGAGUUCACACAGACUACAUCGUCUCCAGUCUCUUACAAACAAUAUAGACAACAUCUGUCGCUCAAGCGACCUUUGCACUACACACAAAGUACAUGUUGCUUUAAUGAAGUAGUCUUAAAUAUAUAAGAUGUGAUGGUUUCAUUUGGAUAUAAUGCGAAAUCUUACAAAGCUGUAAAUGAUAGUAGUUGUUUUACAUAUAUAUUGUCAUUCAUUGACCUCAAAA